CAUUAACAGGCGAGUACGAGCUGUUCCGAAGAUGCGGGCCGGGUUCGGAAAUCUCGCACGUGAUUGGGGAGAGCAUGACUGAAGGUUGUGGGAGUCGGGCCCCACACUUCCCGUCGGAUUGUGUUAAUGCUGCUCCAUAGCAACGGCGAACACACCGACUCCGGGCUUCAUUAUUAAACAUACAGUGUCUAGGGAAAUGAAUCUGCCACCUAUUUCCAAACAAUGGACAGGAAGAAAUCCAGCUGAGAAUCAUUUAUCUGGCAAAACCUUGAGAGGGGAGAUUAGAAUGGAUCGCAGACCUCGUGCCUUGGGGCCAAUCAAUCAAAGCUGUGCAGAAACUUUAAACCAAAAUGAAAAACUAACUACUAUCGGAAGCCCCAAUCAACAGCUGAUUGAUAAAAUAUUGGCAAGACGCAGAUAUGAGUGGUUUGUAAAGAAAGAAGAGCAUCAUGCACAAAACAGGAAAUUAGAGGAAUCAAAGGAAAGUUUGAAGAAGGAACUUUAUGAGCUUCAUUUACAGAAGAAACAUUUGAAAACAGAAUUUAUGAUUCCCUCACACAUACACAAUGAUCAAAGUGCCCUUCAAGCUCGAAUUAUUCAGAUUAAGAACAAUCUCCCAGCCAUGGAAGACCGAAUUAAAGAGCUAAGAUUGAGAAAUACUAAACACUGCGAGAAAAAGUUAAUUUCAUAUAAUGAAGAGGAAGGAGCGGAACCGUAUCAGAUCAGAAACGUCAACAUGGUUCGCUCAAUACUCAAUGACAUGGUGGAAAAUUUGAUGGAUGAUUACAUCCAGAAAGUUCCAGAUGGAGCAGAUUGCUUCUCUGUAGAACAUUUGGCCCAAAAAAAUAUGCAAGAAACUAAGAGGCUAAUGAAACAAGUAGAGGAGCACAGAGUUACAAGUCUUAUUAUGGAGCAGUUUGUUUUGGAGAUUACACAUGAGUUGUCCAGUGAAGUUGCUGAAGAGAUUUACAAAGUAAGCCAGAUGAUCCACUCAUUAGCAUUUGAUGUUAUCUUUAAUGCAGUUCAGGAAAAUAGAAACCAGAGACAAAAGCGAAGUGGGAAUGUUAAGCAUACCCUGUCCUCUGAUCACCUGGUAACUUUGCUGUUGGAACAACAAAAAGACAGAGAGCUACAUAGGAAAGGUUUAUGGGGGUCACAUCCGACACUGACAUAAGGAAACAAGAAGGAAGGAAUGUCUGAUUGAUGACUGCAUAUAAUCCUGUACAUGGUGAUGAUUAACUUGAUGUACUAUGGAAUCUGUCAACACAAUGGAAUGAGAUGAAAAAUUCACAAUUACGUGUAACAAGAAUGCAACAAGCAUUUGAUAAGCCAGAAAAAAAUCCAUUAUUUGCAAUCAAGACACACACACACACACACACACACACACACACAGUGUUUGAUUUUCUUGGGGUGAGUACAUAGCUUGACUCGGGAAAAGAGAAAGGAAAAGGAGAGUGCAGUUAUUAGAUUAGGUAUGUAUGCUCUUUGUGUAGCUUGUGGUUGUGACGGAGUCAUCUUAAGAAGCUUGUAUUGUUCCUCAUGCCUGAGUCACUUCAGAAAGGGAAACCCAAGAGGCAAGGCAAUGAAAUCCACUAAGUCAUUUCUAAAGGACUCCAUUUGAUAUGUGGGCCAUCAACUUGUUCACAGAAGGCAACCAUUCAGCCUAUGAAAUCCGUACUAGCUGAACCGAAGAGAAAUCCAGUUCAUCCUACUCCUCUACUUUCUUUUGAACUCUGAACAUUCUUUCCUUUCAGAUACUUACCUAGCUAUCACUGAAUGCUACAAGUGAAUUUGCCCCCAUUUCUGCCCCUGACUCAUUGUGUAAACAAAACAUAAUCCUUCAUGUCCCUUUUGGAUCUUUUGCUAUUCACCUUCAUUUCAUGUCCUUGAGUUUAUAAACCUUCCUCCUAAGGAAGUAGUUCCAUUCAGUCUAAUAUGUUUGUACUCUUCAUAAUUGUAAAUCCCUCAAUCCCAGAUCCCCUCACAUCCCCUAUUGUUUUAAGAUCAAUCUCAGGCCCCCGAGUUUAUCCACGUACAGCUCCUCCCCAGAUUACGAAAGCCUAACUGACAGGCAACCCACACACUUGAAUGAACAUUUCGGAGACUGAAGGAUUACUCAUCUAUUAACUAGACAGCACUGAAAGCAGUCAUAUUCCACGAACAGCCUUUCCACUGUAUCACUGACAUCCCUUAAAUUCUUUCCAUCACCCCUGCCUCCCCUCACACCAAGUCCUUCAGCCCCUCUCCAACAACCCUUACACACCCCCCCCAAAUCUCUGCAACUUAAUGCAUGCUUGAUUUCUCACUUUGACUUGAAAUGUUGACUACUUUCCUGUUUCCAUAACCCGAGUGUUUCUGGUACUCUUUGAUUUUACUUAGAUAGCCUUGUACUUCAAUUUUAUAUAAGCCCAAAAAUGACUUUUAUUUUAUACAAGUACAAAAAGCAGCAUAAAGAAUGUUAGAAAAUGAAAUACUGCAGUUUUGUUGCCUCCUUUUAGAUUUCGUGGUUUACUGUUUCCUGAAUUGUUCUUUGUUUUUGUGCAUCCCCUUAACAUUUAAUAGAGCAAUAACCCUCCCUGAUGACAUGUACAUUCUUUAGUAAUGGAUUUUUUACUCCUGAGAAGCAAAAGCGGAAAAUCUAUGCCAGCAGAGUAAGGCUGCGUGUUUUACAACAAAAUGAAUUGCAAUUUAUUGCUGUAAUAAUUCUCUAACAUUGCUUUGGAGACAACCUUCUGGUUGAUACUGUUUUCCAUUCUGUCCCAUGAGUCACUCAGUGUAUACAGUAUUUUAUUAUACAAUACUUCCUUCUAAAUACAAAAACUGCUUCCUCCAUCUGAUCACUUGAAAAUUUUUCCCUCAAACAUGGAGUUAAAAAAGUAGCAAACAUUUUGUUAAUUGAAUUCAGUGGAACAUAUUGACCAAGUAGCCCAUUUUGAUUCUGAUGGACCUUGACCAUUGGUUAUACUCAUCAGAAUCAGAUUUAUUAUCACCAGCUUGUGACGUGAAAUUUGUUAACUUAGCAGCAGCAGUUCAAUACAAUACAUAAUCCAGCAGAGAGAGAAAAAAUAAUAAAUAAAAUAAAAAUGUAAUUAUAAAUAAACAAGUAAAUUGAUUACAUGUAUUGAAUAGAUUAUUUAAAAAUGUGCAAGAACAGAAAUAAUGUAUAUUUUAAAAACUGAGGUAGUGUUCAAGGGUUCAAUGUCCAUUUAGGAAUCGGAUGGCAGAGGGGAAGAAGCUGUUCCUGAAUCGCUGAGUGUGUGCCUUCAGGCUUCUGUAUCUCCUUCCUGAUGGUAACAGUGAGAAAAGGGCAUGCCCUGAGUGCUGGAGAUCUUUAAUAAUGGAUGCUGCCUUUCUGAGACACUGCUCCCUGAAGAUGUCCUGGGUACUUUGUAGGCUAGUGCCCAAGAUGGAGCUGACUAGAUUUACAACCCUCUGCAGCUUCUUUCAGUCCUGUGCAGUAGCUCCUCCAUACCAGACAGUGAUGCAGUCUGUCAGAAUGCUCUCCACAGUACAACUACAGAAGUUUUUGAGUGUAUUUGUUAACAUGCCAAAUCACUUCAAACCCUUAACAAAGUAUAGCUGCUGUCUUGCCUUCUUUAUGACUCCAUCGAUAUAUUGAGUCCAGGUUAGAUCCUCAGAGAUCUUGACACCCAGGAACUUGAAGCUGCUCACUCUCUCCACUUCUGAUCCCUCAAUGAGGAUUGGUAUGUGUUCCUUCAUCUUACCCUUCCUGAAGUCCACAAUCAGCUCUUUCGUCUUACUGAUGUGCCAGGUUGUUGCUGCGACACCACUCCACUUGUUGGCAUAUCUCUCUCCUGUACACCCUCUCGUCACCACCUGAAUUUCUACCAACAAUGGUUGUAUUGUCAGCAAAUUUGUAGAUGAUUUGAGCUAUGCCUAGCCACACAGUCAUGUGUAUACAGAGAGUAGAGCAGUGGGCUAAGCACACACCCCUGAGGUGUGUCAGUGUUGAUCGUCAGCAAGGAGGAGAUGUUGUCACCAAUCCGCACAGACUGUGGUCUUCCGGUUAGGAAGUCAAGGAUCCAAUUGCAGAGAGAGGUACAGAGGCCCAGGUUCUGCAACUUCUCAAUCAGGAUUGUGAGAAUGAUGGUAUUAAAUGCAGAGCUACAGUCGAUGAACAGCAUCAUGACGUAGGUGUUUGUGUUGUCCAGGUGGUCUAAAGCUAUGUGAAAAGCCAUGGAGACUGCAUCUGCCAUUGACCUAUUGUGACAAUAGGCAAAUUGCAAUGGGUCCAGGUCCUUGCUGAGGCAGGAGUUCAGUCUAGUCAUAACCAACCUCUCAAAGCAUUUCAUCACUGUCGAUGUGAGUGCUACCGGGCAAUAGUCAUUAAGGCAGCUCACAUUAUUCUUCUUUGGCACUGGUAUAAUUGUUGCCUUUGUAAAGGAAGUGGGAACUUCUGUCUAUAGCAGUGAGAGGUUGAAAAUGUCCUUGAAUACUCCUGCUAGUUGGUUGGCUCAGGUUUUUCAGAACCUUACCGGGUAUUCCAUUGGGACCUUCUGCCUUGCGAGGGUUCACUCUCUUUAAAGACAAUCUAACAUCGGCCUCUGAGACAGAGAUCACAGGGUCAUCAGGUGCAGCAGGGAUCUUCACAGCUGAGGUUGUGUUCUCCCUUUCAAAGCGGGCAUAGAAGGGGUUGAGUUCAUCUGGUAGUGAAGCAUCACUGCCAUUUGCUUCCUUAGAAAUCAAUGCUCUAAGUGAAGAAAAUUGGUAGCCGAUGAUCUCAUAGGCAUUAUAAAAGAUGAAUUUCUUUCACUAGAUGUCUUUCAAUGUUGCAACAUAUCAAUGUUAAGUACAGUACAGAUGCCAUCAAAUGUAAAAUAAUUGUUUUCAUUGCUGCAAUUACUUUUAGAAUCAAGUUAGGUAUUUUCGUUGUCAAUGCUAAUAACUUAACGACUUGGAAAUGUUUAAGCAAGACACAGUACAUCAUGUACUGAGCAAAAGAUAAGAUCAAAACCUUAAUUUAUUUUUGUCAUUCUGUCCAAAAGCAUUUGUAACUAUGCUGAUGAUGCAAUGAUUAUUAUUACAAUCAUAAUAGACCAUUUCGGCCAGCAUUGGUCAAUAUAUUCACUUGUAUUUGUGGAAGGUAUGGUGUGAUUUAGGUACUGCAAAUGUUAUAGAGGUAGGGAAGCUGAGGGAACUACCUAAAACUGGGACCCACUGGAUUAAUUAGUGCAUUGUAGAACAAAACAGCUCUAGCUCAUAAAAGUUUUACAAAUGUACUAAAACUGCUUCCAUGGACUCCAGAAAAUAUAGAUAUCUUUCAAUUCUGAUUCUUUUACAAUAUUUGAAACUAUUAUAAUCUGUUUUGGUUAUUUACACUUUUUCUGCAAAAUAAAUGUGAAUUAAGAGGA